AUGCUUGCUCAUUGGGCUGACUCUGGCGCAGGGCAUUCAAUUACAUGGCAAAAAUCCUCGGUUGCUUUAAAGUGUUGCAUGGAUGAUGUCAGCGAGUCUGGCUUUCCCUCUCUGCCAAGGCUAAUGCGCUUUACACCAAUCAAAGGAAAUGAUGUUUCAAACUAA